AUGCAUGAAGUUGGAUCGCCGUUGGAUCUCAAUUUCUUAACGCAGCUGAUUUUGACGCUCUUCUUCCUCUCCCUCGGUCUCCUCUACUUUGUCAAAAGAACAGCGGCUAAGUACUUCGAGGUCGGCGGCUCCGGUGAUUUCGACCGCCGUGAUUUCAUGGUUCCCGUCGCGGUCGAAUGCGCCGUCUGUGGUAAAGCUUCUACCAAAAAGUGCUCUCGUUGCAAAUCCGUUCGAUACUGCUCUGCGGAUUGCCAAACGUCAGACUGGAGCUCGGGACAUAAACUAAAAUGCAAGGUGUUUCGGAUUACUGACUCAUCAUCACCGGUCGGAAGAGGUGAUAUCGAUUUCAAAGCUUCUUUGUUUGGGAAUAGGUCUGCUUCUAAGGUUGCAUUGGUUCCUCAGCUGAGCCAAAGGAAGGCUAGUGUCAAGCCAGGAGAUGUGCUUUUCCCAUACGAGCAGUUUGUUCGAUAUUUUAACUGGGAUAGACCAACAUUGGCUCCUUGUGGGCUCGUCAAUUGUGGAAACAGUUGUUUCGCUAAUGUGGUUCUGCAAUGCCUUUCCUGGACACGCCCUCUUGUUGCAUACCUACUGGAGAAAGGCCACAAGAGAGAAUGUAGGCGCAAUGACUGGUGCUUCUUUUGCGAAUUUGAUACUCAUCUCGAAAGAGCAAACCAAAGCCGGUUUCCUUUUUCACCAAUGAACAUUAUUUCGCGGUUACCUAACAUUGGUGGAAAUCUUGGGUAUGGGAGACAGGAGGAUGCUCAUGAGUUGAUGAGGUUUGUAAUUGACAUGAUGCAAUCUGUUUGCCUCGAUGAAUUUGGUGGAGAAAAAGUGGUGCCCCCUCGCGCCCAAGAAACAACACUUAUUCAAUAUAUAUUUGGCGGUCUCCUUCAGUCACAGGUCCAGUGCACUGUUUGCAGUAAUGUUUCUGACCAAUAUGAAAAUAUGAUGGAUUUAACUGUUGAGAUUCACGGGGAUGCGGUUUCAUUGGAGGAAUGUCUUGAUCAGUUCACAGCUAAAGAGUGGCUUCAGGGAGAUAACAUGUACAAAUGUGAUAGAUGUAAUGACUAUGUGAAGGCAUGUAAGCGCCUUUCUAUUCGUUGUGCUCCAAAUAUUCUUACAGUUACCUUAAAAAGAUUCCAGGGUGGGAGAUUCGGUAAACUGAACAAGAGAAUUAGCUUUCCCGAGACAAUUGAUCUUGGCCCUUACACGAGCAGCGGAGGAGAAGGAUCAGAUGUAUACAAACUCUAUGCCGUGAUUGUGCAUCUUGAUAUGUUAAAUGCCUCAUUUUUCGGUCAUUACAUAUGCUUUGUUAAGGACUUCCGGGGAAACUGGUAUAGAAUAGACGAUUCUGAGGUGGAAAACGUUGAACUAGAAGAUGUUCUUUCUCAACGAGCAUACAUGCUCCUCUACAGCAGAGUUCAGACCAGACCAUCGAGUCUUAGAUCCGAAGAAGUUCAAGAUGAGAAGAAAGCAGAUACAUCGAACACAGAAUCUAGCCAAGAUGGCUCUGUUGAGAGUUCCGGGGUGGGAGCAAAUGACACUAGUGUGUCCUCCCUGUGUAACGGCAUGAUCUCACAUUCGGAAGACCCAGAAUGCAAAAAAGAAUCAUCAUCGUCACCAUUGGCAGUUUCCCUACCUGUCUCUGAAAAAGGAAAUGAGGUUGACGAAAGGGUUGAUACAGUAGAUUCAGAGUCGAUCCUUUCUAUUGAGAUGGAACAUGAUUCUGGAACUGAUCAUCAAGAAGAAGUAGCAAAUGAGAAAGACGAUCCAGCGAUUGAAAAUCUUGCCGUUAAUUCUUCUUGUUCAGACAUUGCUACCUCAUCUCCAUCUGCUCCUACAGAGUCCAAACCCUCUGCUACAGAGAAAGAAGAUUCAGACACCGAGAUGAUCGAUGCACAAUGA